ACGAGUGAUGAUCAUCACGCGGCGCUCUGACGCACCAACUUCAGCACCAAAACAAGCCCUGAACCGCGCGCGCACAGCGACAUGACCACUGUGGAGUACAGCAGCUGACAGAAAAAAAAGAAAGAAAAAAAAAAACCACGCACGGCUUUUGGAUACUGGUCCAUUUUUACGCACAUUUAUUUUUGCGUAACUUGGAGAUUUAUUUGUCAGGACGCUUUUGGAGUGCGCCAAGGGGAAGACGUGCGCGGAGGUGAAGAGGGAUUUAAGACUUUUUGCUGUUGUUGUUGGUGUUGUGCGCUCAGGAGACACACUUUGGAAUAAGGAGGCUGCUGGCGGGGAGGAGGAUGGCAGCCUGGCUCACCUUCGCGCUCGGCACCACGUUGAUGGCACAGGCAUUGGGUUCAGGCGUUUUCCAGCUCGACAUCCACGAAUUUAAAAACAACAACGGCUUGCUGACAAACGGGAGCCCGUGCAAACCGAACUGCAGGACUUAUUUUCGAAUUUGCCUGAAGAACUACCAGGCGGUGGUGUCGCCGGGCGGCUGCAUCUUUGGGAGUACAAUCACACCGGUGCUGGGGAUCAACUCUUUCAGCGCAAAGGACUCUGGCGCUUUACAAAUACCUUUCAACUUCGGAUGGCCGGGGUCCUUCUCUUUAAUAAUCGAAGCCUGGCACUCGCCUUAUGGAACGCUACCUCUUGAUGCCGACGACCCAGACCUUCUGAUCAGCUUCUUCGCCAUCAAGAGGCAGCUGGCCGUGGGCGCAGACUGGUCUCAGGACACGCAAAUUGGGAAGCAGACGGAACUGAGCUACUCUUACCGCGUCAUCUGCAACGAAACCUACUUCGGGGAAAGUUGUUCCAAGAAAUGCCUGCCCAGGGACGACCAGUUUGGACACUACACCUGCACUCGUGAAGGGCAGGUGUCCUGCCUACCGGGAUGGAAGGGAACAUACUGCGAGGAAGCGAUCUGUCUGGAGGGCUGCAGUGAGAGUAACGGAAACUGCUCCAAACCCGGCGAGUGUGUGUGCAGAAAAGGAUGGCAAGGCACAUUCUGCGACGAGUGUCAGAAGUAUCCAGCCUGUAAGCACGGCACCUGCCAGGUGGCGUGGCAGUGCAACUGCCAGGAGGGUUGGGGAGGCCUAUUAUGUGAUCAAGAUUUGAAUUUCUGCACACAUCACCAUCCAUGUGUGAAUGGCGCCACCUGCAUGAAUACAGGCCAGGGCAGCUACACGUGCACGUGCCUACCAGGGUUGACAGGGGUCAACUGUGAGCUGGAGAUGCAGGAAUGUGACAGAAACCCCUGCAGGAAUGGAGGCAUAUGCACAAAUCUGGAGUCCGGCUACAAGUGUGCAUGUCUCCAGGGUUUUGAAGGCACCCACUGUGAGCACAACGUGCUAACGUGUGCCGACUCACCGUGCUUCCACGGUGGCAAAUGCUGGGAGAAAGACGGCGGCCACAGCUACAUGUGCGAGUGUCCCCGCGGCUACACUGGACUCAACUGUGAAAAGAGAGUGGACAAGUGCACGUCGCUUCCCUGUGCAAAUGGUGGUCUGUGUCUGAUACAUGGCGGAAUUCGUGUCUGCAGUUGCCGCGCGGGUUUUACUGGCCAGCGUUGUGAAAUCAACAUCAACGAAUGUGCUGGAAACCCAUGCAUCAAUGGAGGCACCUGCCAAGACCGAAUCAAUGACUAUACCUGCGACUGUCCUCCAGGAUAUGGUGGACGCAACUGCGAUAAAGUUCUGGAUGAGUGCUCCGUUCGCCCUUGCCUCAACGGGGGUCUUUGCACUGGAGGUGGAGGUCCAGGAGAACCCCCGGCUUCUUGCAUCUGCUCCCCAGGCUUCACUGGACAACGCUGCGAGGUCUUCACUGCAGUGACCUCCCCAGUGGCCAAUGGGGAUGUUCAGGACGGCUUCCAGUGGGCGGCAGUCUCUCUGGCUGUGGGGCUGGUAGCCCUGUUGGUGCUGUUGUGCAUGGUGGGCUUGGCAUUGAGACACAUCCACAGGCAAGCCCAAAGGGACAGGAGCGACACAGAGACCAUGAACAACAUAUCCAACGUUCAGAAGGACAACCUCAUUCCAGCUUCUCAGCUGAAAAACACCAACCAGAAAAUUAGUCUGGAGGUGGACUGCGAUUCAGAGAAAUUGAACUUUAUCCAUAAAAACUAUCAUUUGGAUUCUUACAACUCUAAUUCUAAAGAGUUAAAGGAUGAAAAAACACAAGAAGAUAAAAGUCUUAUUUAUGACAAGAGUUUAGAAGACAAAAUGCCCUUGAGUAGAAUGUACAGUGAAAAACCAGAGUGUAGGAUAUCAACUAUAUGUUCCUCUCGAGACUCCAUGUACCAGUCGGUCUUUGUUAUAGCAGAGGAGCGGCGGGAAUGCGUCAUAGCAACUGAGGUAUAAACUGUGAGAGUGAGUGAGGACAAAGACACAAUCAAGGCAGAAUGUUCCAUUCUGGAUUGUUUACAAAUGCCAAGAAGAGGCUGGACGUAGUUUUGGAGACGUCCCCUGCUGCUCUGGAACACUUGAGGACAGAAUCGAGAAACUUGUCCGUAUGCAAGAACAUGUACAGUGAUGGAUCUCUGCCCGGGAAACUGACUGAUGGCCAUCCUGGGCGGGAAAAGGUGGAUUUAUUUGCCUCGUGCACUGGACCCAGCCUUGUGUGAUAAUCAUGGUGACAGCCAACCAAUCAGAAAAAAAGAACAUAAAACACGGUGCCUGAGAUUUAACCCCUUCAAUCCCCACGUUGACCCGAGACGCUCCUGCAAGCUCCGCCUCCUAUGCAAGACUCAGGGUCGAGACGAGCCGACUCGCCCGUCGCCAGAAUCCAACCUCAGCAGUUCAUCGUUAGCUGCCGAUCGGUCGGACUCCUCCAUGCCAUGAUGAAGAUUGUUCGCAGCCCAAAUUCACUAGAAGCCUUAAAAACGGGGGUUUGAACUUUAAUUUGUGCCCUUGUAUCUUCUUGGAUCAUUUGCACUACAAAAAGACACACAAAAAAAAGUGGGUAGGAGGAAAAAAAAAUGCUUUCCAAAAACAACAGGGCUUUGAGGAGAAAAAAAAAACAACAACACAGAAGCACAACGUGCCACCAAAAUCCAAGAAAAAGUCAAGUGUGCAUAGAAUGUUGUUUUUUGAAUGCAACCCAAGUGAAGAAUACAAAGAGACUGUCACACCACUGCCUGCCUAUAACACAAUUCAAAAUGCAGAACCAAUAAUGUAAUUUUUAAAAGAAGUGAUUAUUUCCAGAGUUUAAUUUAAAUGACACACUGCUCUUUAUAUGUUUUAUAUUAUUUUGUAUAUAAUGCAUAUUUAUAAGGACCAAACAUCUGAUGAAUAAAGCUUCCUUGAAAACUG